AGAUCUCAUGUCACUAAUGAAAUUACCGCCAGAGAGUGACAUGAUAAUCUUAUAUACAUCUCAUUAUUGAAGAAUACGUGCUAAAGGGCGCAGAGCUAUCAGAAGCAUGGUGCUGUAGGGCAUUCUGAAUAAGUUUAUCUUUUGUAUAUUAUCCUCUUUAUCUUUGGGUAAUGCAUCAUCUCUUUCAUAUUUACUGAAAGACUGGCCUAUAUUUCCAAUGCCGCCCUUUCCAUUGACUGCCACCAUUAAAGCACUGUGUGAUGUACGACAUUUCUUUAGUAAGGGAAGGGUGUAUACUGUCCCUCAGUGGCUCUUUCCUUACUACCGGAAUGGAUAAAUGUCUCGACUUACGAUGAUUCUCAAGUGAGGACAGUCUUUCUCUUCAAUUGUAUCAGCCUACCCGACAUUCUUUCUGGUAUACGUCCUCUCUUCUAGCGAUACCUGGCCGAUCAUGGCAGCCAACAAUGUCCAAGAGCCGGCUCUUCCUCCCAACAAUCCCAUCACAAUCAGCACCGGCCAAAUUCUCUCUCUUCUGGGAGCUCUCAUAGCCCUCAAAUUUUUCCAGGCAGUGACAUACAUCUUCCGUCUCGACAAAAGUCGGAAACGGCUGCUGAGAAGCCCAGUCGCCCGAGCGAUUGUGCGCAAAGAGCAACUUAUCAUCGAUAUUUUCUUGUCCAUCAUGCCCGAAGGAGUCUUCCGUUCGCCUGCAAGCUCAGCCACCAUAGAACUGACGCCUUUAUCAUCCAUGGAUGUCAACCGCAAUGUCCCUGAAGACGAUGACCGGACCUCGUCUGACGUCCAGAGCCCUCUUAUUCACACCGCACCCGGUAUGCCAACUGCCCUCCGUCUCUGGCAAUGUGGAUCGGGUUGCGGCGGCUUGAAACUUUUCACAAUGAACCCCCAAAACCCAGGAUUACCACUCCCAACAAGCAAAGGCAAUACAGUGCGGCUAUAUCGUGCCAGCGAUGGGGUAGAAGGAAAAAGUAUAGGUGUCAUUCAUACUUGGUCCCCUAGUGCAAACCAGGAGAGUAUACUUGCUUUGAAUCAGGGAUCCGCUGCGUCCAGAGUUGAGAGACAGCAAUUUAGUCCCAUCGUUCGGCCGUGGUCCGUUGACUCGGCUGCGUUGCCUUUGACGAACGACUCGCAUGCGAUCUUAGAGAUGGAGGAGGGCGCGAAGACAUCUCGGUCGGCGGAGAGUUUUCCAGGGAAGUUUCCUAUCAGCGAGGGAUCGGAUGCCCAAAAUUUGUCUACGAUGCCGCAGUGUAUGAGAGGUCGAGGUGUGACUUCUGUGAGGCCAUUUUCGGACCUAUGAUUUUAGUGUAUUCGCAGUAAAGAUGUGGUUAUCCGAUUAAUGUGUUUAUAUUAUUAACCCGUAGACUGGGCUACUGAAUAUGGGUAGCAUGCAUUGUUU